AUGCCGGGUGAUCACUUGAAUUCGGAUCAAAUCACCAGAAUAUUCUCAGGAAGUACCGCGAGAAUCGAAGAAUUCUUCUCAAAAUGGAAUUUUGCCAAUGCAAAUUCGACACAAUUCGCAAUGAGUGCUGGAGAUAAGAAUUUGCUGGGUGACAAGAUAGCCGCAGUAAUCGAUCGAGACGAAUUGACGGCGAUUCUUUUGGAAACAGUCAGACUUUUGAGUCGAGAGAGAGAUGGAUUGGAGAGUCUCCUGAACAACGAUCUCUGUGAUAAAAUUCUGAGACACGCGGCACUCAAAUCGGAGGAUGGAUACCCGAAAAGUGUUCAUGCCCUAAUGGAAGCACAGAAAUGUCUCGUCAACACAAUGUUUCAUUCGGCAAAAAUGAGAGAUCGAUUCUAUUUGGACUCGCAAAACAGUGAAAACAUUCUUCAAUUCCUGUCCGAAUUCGACGAAUCGCAGAGAAAAGAGUCGAAAAUCGAAUGGAUUCGUGAAAUGAAUCAAGUUCAAUCAUCAGAAGUCUGGUAUUUCUAUCAUCGAAUCGCAUUCAUUGCAACCGCUAUGAAUCGAGACUUUCAGAAAUCCUGGGCGAACAACCCUCAAAUGAUCGAUCAUCUUCUGACGGCGGUCCGUUGUGUCCUCGGAAAAACUUCUGUUCCUCAAAUUGAUCUUCUUCGUGCCAACGAGGCACUCAAGUCAUUCUUCAACGUCUUCUGUCAUUUCCAUGGCGAAGUUGAGGCGAUUAAUAAGAAAAAAGCGAUGGAAGCGUGUGAAGUGCUCCGUGACACGAUUUGCUCCGUCGAUAUCGUCGGUGAUGACGUCAUUCAAUCGGCAAUUCACGCCCUCUCAGUCCCCCCACUUCCAAUGAUUCUUUCGGUGAUUUGUGGGGAUCCUACAGUACCCCUCGACACAACGUCAUCAAUCGAUAAUCAAUCGAUAGAAGAAGAGCGGGAAUUCAAAAAUAUGACAAUGAUUGAGGCACUUCUGAUGGCACUGGAUAGACAAUUGGCUCGUGCCGUUGCUCUUCUGAAUUCAACUCCGAACGAUCAAGUGUCUCAAGAGGCCAACACUCUCACAGAUCUCACUGGACCCUAUUUCCAGGCGUUGGCCAGAUUGUGUGUUGAGAGUAAACAUGUCAGACGGUAUUGUAGGAUUAGGGUAAAUCCAUCCAUCUGCUAUAGGGAUUAUGUGGAGAAAUGGAAGCCUUAUUUGGUUGGUGAUUAUGAGCAGAUGGCUGAAAUUCUCUCUUUGAGAAGACCUCCGAUGGAUCAUGUCCAUCUGCUAGGGAUUAAUGGAAGAAGCCCGAUUUAG